GCUGAGUAUAAGGAACACCAAGCGCUUCUGCAGAGCCUCCUGUCAGAAAGGGAUGAACUCUGCCAGUUGAACAGCGAGCAGCAGAUGAUAAUAGCUGACUGGUUGGAAAGGGAAAACGUGCCAAUGCCUGUGUGUACAAGGCGGAGUCGCCAUGGCUACCAGGACCAGCUAAAAAUUCUAGAGGACCUAAAGUUGCAGUGGCAGUGCAAAUCACAGCUCUACCAGCAGCAAGUUGAAGAACUCCGGCCCCGGUGCCAGGAGAAGAAGAAGCAGUGGGACUGUGAAUAUCAAGCCUUCAUCAUGAUGAUGCAAGAAGUACUCCUUGCGGCUCUCGCCCGGCGGCUGGGAAAGCGGGCAGCUCUUGUUGAGGUGAAACGGCUCCUUGCAGCUGAGCAGAAGACGGAGAAUAAGCUCACUGCUGCAAAAAUACGGAACCUUGCGCUGCAGAUGAGGGUACAAAGCCGGGAAGAAGCUAUUGGAGAACUGGAGGAGAGGACAAAGGCUGAAAAACUGAAAUUUGAAAAUGAGAAUUAUAAGACUAUGAUCUUGGAGUAUGAAGAGGAGGUUAUUCGAAUAAAGAAAGGAAUUACCAGCACUAGAGAGUUCCAGUCACAUCUCAAAGAAACGAUCAACUUUGUGGAGCUGGAGAUCCAGGCCAAACUAGCCAAUCUGGCCAAGAUAAAGGCAAUGAUCGGCAACAAACGGAAAGCUCUGGCAGGGGUAAUGAUAACUAAAGACAAGCUGCGUGCAGACAAUCUGCGCCUGUACCAGCGCUGCAGCCUGCUGAGAAACAAGAAGCUGCUCCAGGAUUUUGAGAAGGUGAAGGAUGCAUGCGAGGACCUGCAGAGCCAAAUAGACAUUCUCAAGAGGCAGCAUGAAAAGCUCUCUGUCAAGUGUAGCACAGUAAAGAGCAAGCUGAAGCAGAGCAGGCCACUGCAGCAUUGUGUAUAA